CGUCAUCCUUAGUUGCAAAGAGCUCUAUCAAGGGUCCUGUUCACGAUGGCAUUCAGAUCUCAAAGCCGCCGAGGUUCAGUUAUCAGCUGCAGCCCGUCCGCUCUGGUGCCCGGCCGAGGCACCGUCCGCGACUGGAUCCGACACUGAUAAGGUCCGCUACACGACUGAACUGAAGCGCCAUGCUGACGGAGGUGCUGCUGGGGAUCCUGCUGGUGGCGCUGCUGUUCGCGUUCGUCAACAGGAAGCCGCCGAACCUCCCGCCGGGCAAGUGGGGCUGGCCCGUGCUUGGCAGCCUCCCCUCCGAGGAUGUGUCUCUCGGCGAGCAGGUCAUGGAGCUCAGGAAGAAACAUGGGGAUAUCGUCUCAUGGCGAAUGGGCAGUCGGAUCUUCAUCUUCUUCUGCGACUACAAGACCAUCAAAGCCGCUUUCUCGAAGAUUGAAUUCACAGACAGACCCGAUUUCUACAGCUUCGACAUCUUCAACGAAUACACGAAAAGCGGCAUCGCCAACACCAACGGGCAAAUGUGGAUUGACAACAGGCGGUUCGCGCUGCGCCAGCUGAAAGACCUGGGCAUGGGCAAGACGCAGCUGGAGCAAGCCAUCCAGUACGAGGCCGUCUGCCUGGUGGAGGACUUCAAGAGGCACACAGGUCGUCCGGGUCCUCCUCCUGCCUCCAUUACCGUGGCUGUCCUCAACGUCAUCUGGAAACUGGCAGCAGAUCACCGCUUCGAAGUGGACUCGCCUGAAGUCCAUUCCUUUAACAAGAUGAUCACUACGCUGUUUGAGGACUUCCAGGGCCCGGUGGUGUGGUUCGACCUCAUGCCCUGGCUGAUCCCCAUCGUGCCAAACUUCGUCCGGAAGUGGAUGGGCAUCGACACCAUAGAAAAGAAUGUGCACAAAGUCCUCGAACUGAUGGGUGAAUACAUCAAGCAGCACCAGAAGACGUUGGACCCAGACAACCCACGUGACUACAUUGAUGCUUACCUGCUGGAGAUGGAAGCUCGCAAGGACGACCCGCAGUCCAACAUGAGCAUUUUCGACCUGAAGAACUGCAUGGCCGACCUGUUCACUGCCGGCAGCGAGACCACGGCCUCCACGAUCCGUUGGGCCAUCUACUACCUGGCCAAGUACCCUGAGAUCCAAGCCAAGGUGCACAAGGAGAUCGACUCGGUGGUUUCCAGAGACGUCCUUCCGUCCAUACAGCAGAAGAACAGCUUACCAUACCUCGAAGCUGUGACGCUGGAAAUCCACCGACUGGCAUCUCUCCUGCGCGUUGGUCUCGUCCACAGCUGUAACAAGGACACUAAGUUCGGUGAUUAUGUCAUCCCUAAAGGAGCAGUCUUGUCGGCGCUGCAAGAGGGCUGCCACUCGGACCCCGCCUACUGGGAGAAGCCCUACGAUCUCUACCCCGAGCACUUCCUCGACGCCGAAGGGAAGGUCCUCACCAAGAAGGAGGGCUUCCUGCCGUUCUCCCUGGGUCGCCGCCAGUGCCCCGGGGAGUCGCUGGCCCGCAUGGAGCUGUUCGUGUUCCUCUCCGCCCUCCUGCAGAACUUCUCCUUCUCGAUCCCCAAGGGCAAGGAGCUGCGGCUGGAGAAGAACCCGAAGGAUUCCUUCCUCAAUCUGCCGAAGGAGUUGGAUAUUGUUAUUACCGAGCGACCCUGAGACGUGUGUGUGCGUGAGGGUGUGUGUGUGUGUGUGUGUGUGUGUGUGUGUGUGUGUGUGUGUGUGUGUGUGUGUGUGUGCAUCCUUCCAGAACAGUGUUCAGUAAAAAUAACAGUAAUAAUCGAUCUUGCUUUUAUAACAUUGCAUGCAUCAUUCAACAGCAUAUAUAUUUUUUCCACCUAGCCAGUUUUACUAGAACUGUCCGAGGCCCGACCCAAUAAAUAUCCAUAUAUAUGUAAAUGCAUAUACUCAGAAAUAAGUACAUAUAUGUCUAUCUAUCUGAUAGAUAUACAUUUACCUGUCUAUCUGUCCGGUAGAUAUGCAUGUGUAGACUGAUAGAUCUAUGUAUUUAUUACUGUGUAUAUGAACAUUCGUUGGGCCUCGUAUAAUUUUAACAAACCGGCGGACUGGCAUUGUAAUCACUAAAAA